GUGCUAUCCAGGACAUUGCCUGACCCCAUCUCUACCAUGCUUUAGUUUAUAAUAAUGUAUGAUUGGCCGAGCUGUCCAUACCAUGCCUCUCCCUGAGAGUACUUUACAUCAGCUCACCCGCAAUCAAUCACUACAAUUCACCCUUCGUCUCUAAGAGGUUAUACAAGAUUCCAACUCUUCUUUCUCUAAGCCCUCCCUACAGAACCCCAACAUGCUAUCUACAUUCUGGCCCCACACAGAAUAUGCCGAAGACCAACCCUUUCCUAAAUUAAUCCUCACCGGCCAUGUCCUCGACCGCAGCUUCCAAGCCGGCGCAUUCCUAGGAAGCACUACCGGCCUCCUCCGAGUAGGGCUAUUAGCGUAUCAACCAACCUCUAAUAACAAGGUCUACACCAGAUUUAUUGUACCACCAGGAUCCACCCCAGCUACUCUUCUUAUGCGAUCGACAGGCACGGGUGCCGUCAUCGGUCUUGGCGCAAUGGCGGCUAUGCUUCCUUAUUAUCUGGCGAAAUGGGACCCGAUCGAAUGGCAAGAUCGCAGUUGGAGACUGCUGGAGAACCCGGGGCAGGUGGAGGUGGAUACUUGGGGGUUUACGGGUGCGGUGCUGGGAUUGACAGGGUUGGUGGUUAUGGCGCGGCGAAAUGGAAGGAUGUUUCAGCUGACGGGCCAUGAGGAGGUUUCCUCGUUGGUCUUGCUGAGGGCCCUUGGGUGGAGGAAUGCGUUUGCGAGUGCCGGGAUGGGGAGUUUGUCGGGGGUUUUGGGGUAUUUAGGUUGGAGGUAUGGUGUUAUGGGUGGGAUGCGAUAAUAUCUAUUGUGUUUUCACUUUAUUCCGUUUUUGGCCUGUUGGGGUUAUAAUAUGUAAAUGUACUUCUGCCGUGUAUUCAGUCUACAAUGCGAGAUUGAGAUGUCUUGAUGCCCGAGGCUUUCAGUCGCUAUAUCAAGUGACGUCAUUGUCCUCUUGAGACGGGAAAGUAAU